AUGUGGCGAAAUGGUAAAUGUAGCUCGGUUGUGUGAAAGUGACACUUGUAGCUCAGCUGUCAUAUUGGAACAUAUGUCUCUUCCUAUUCUGUUGUGAACACUCGAGCCGAACACAUCGGAUAUGAGUCAUCAACAAAAGAAGCUUAAUUUAUCUCAUCCAGAUAACCAGGAUCAUAAUGAAAUUGCGGUUGCGGAUCCAUCAAAUGUGGAAUCACCGCCCAAAAUAUUCAAUUUGACCGUCGAUUGCUUCGACGAAAUAUUCGAAUAUUUGAACAUGGAAGAUUUGCAUUCAUUCGGACAAACAUGCAAGCGAAUGAACAAAGUGGCCGGAGAAUAUUUCAAACAAAAUCAUUCAUCGGCUGAGAAUUUCUGCAAAUAUAAUGCAAUUCACACAACUUAUUCGGACAAAGACGGUGUCGUAGAGAUGGCCAUUGAAACAUCUGGUUUCAAUAAGUUCGUGCCGUGCAUUAAAAUUUGUGGUAACGACUUCGAUAUACUUCGCUAUAUUCAAUCCCAGGCCACUGAAUUUGAGUCAACUAACCAAAUGUUUCAUGUGGGAUUCGAUAUUAAUGACAAAUUAGUGGAGCAUUUUGAACAAUUGUUGCCCCAACUGGAAAUUUUACGCUACACAUGUUGUAGGGUUGAUGGUGACUUAUACGACUUGAUGUUGAAAUAUUGUAAGAAUUUGAGAGAGAUUUAUGUUCAAAACUCGACUGUCGGUAAUCGCAUAAAUGGCGAAAUUAAGUGGUUGUUACAAGAAUAUCCCAAGCUUGAAUGUUUAGAAUUAAGUCCCAGUGAUUCUUCUCGAAUUGAAGAGCUGCGUACAUUUUUCGUACGCAAUCCAAAUGUACAGAGAUUUUCAACUUCCGUCGAUUUUUUGUGGAACAACGGUGACAUAUUUUUAAAUUCCAACACAAAAUUGGAUAUUUUGGAACUCAAAGACAAGGAAAGUAUGCAGUCUUCGUCAUAUAGGAAGCAAACGUUGGACUUAUUAAAUCGACUCCAUGAACAAGGAUUUUAUAAGCGACUAUACAUUUAUAUUUAUGAAUUUAACGAAGAACUUAGCAAUUCUUUGGCCUCGGUCAAAGGUCUCGAGUUAUAGUGCAUUGACUGGUUUGACAAGAGUUAUAAUUUAGCUCAAUUGACCAAUCUGAGAGAGUUAAUCAUUUUGGAUGCAUGGGAUGUCAAGGAUAUGGAGAUCUUAGCAAAUAGCCUUACGAAACUCGAACGUCUUUACAUUAAUAGAGCUACUAGCAUCGAUGAUAUUAUGCCAUUCAUUCGUCGAUCAACGAAAUUGAAUAAAAUCAAAUUCAUACCAUUGCAUAGAGGUAUAGUUUUGAAUUUGGCAAUGUUGAGUAAGGAACGUGCCAAAUUGGUUGGAGCACGAAAAAUAACGAUUUAUACGCGUGAUGAUGUCUUCUUGGCUACUAAAUGGACGACCAGAAAUGGUGACACGAAUUUAAGCUGCAUCGAAAUUAGACGAUCGGAUUCGUAUGAAUGGAAUCCACGUUUUUUCUAAUUCGACUUGAAUUAAAAAACUUUUUACUUACAUCCAUUUCGAUAUAUGCUUCAUUUUCUAACAAAGAAGUAUACAAGUUUACAACUUUUAUAUGAGUCUUGAACCGUAAUAACUUAAAAACACAAAAAUGUAAGGAAGAUUACAAAACUAAUGAAGUGUAAUAAGUAAAGUCUUGAAUAAAGAAAAAUCGAAUCAAAAAUGUA